AUUUAAAAGAAAUAAUUCACGAUAUCGUAUGAACAAAACCAAAACAUUAAAAAAUCAUGUUGAUAUUUGUAUGAUCAGUAGAUAAAUUUACCAAACUUACCAAAACUAACGCUGUAACGCACCAACUAUAACUCUAAAAAGAGAAUUCACAAAUCGAGCAAACAUAUGUAAUAAUCCUCUAACUUUAGGUGGUUGAAGACGUUACAAACGUAAGUUUUAAUAAAAAUAUUUUAUAAGUGUAAUCAGUCUCGGAUAGUUUCCACUUCAGUUUCUUAUUGCAAUAUAUCUUACAUAUAAAUUAAAUCAUUCAUAGCCAAAAUUAACUAAAAUACCGAAACUGACACAUUGGCGAUCGAUUGCAAAAAUUGAGAUCAACAUGCCGAAUAAGCGGAUGUAACAGCUUACCAGCCAUGGACGGUUAGAAGCGUUACAAAUUCAAUGAUUUUCUACCGGAAUGUUUUACAAGUGUUACAUCAUCAGCCUUUUCGGAUAGUUUCCACAUAAGUUUCUCAUUGUGAUGAAUCUUACGUAUAAAUUAAAACAUUCAUAGCCAAAAGUAAUUAACAUAGAUAAUAUACUUCUCCUUCCAUUUAGCUUUAUUUUAUAUUUCAUACGUUAAUUUGUAAAUUUCUAUGCAAAUUUUGGUGACAUUUAAAUAAACUUUUUAUCAAAUCCUUCUGUAAGAGUAUGAAAAGGGUAGACAAUUAAGAAAACUAUGUAAAGGGAAAGAUUAAUAAAACUGAAAGAAGGGAAAGUCUCUUUAUAAACCGAGGUUUUGAGUUGUCCGACGCUUCCCAUAGAUUUCAUGGUCCCCUUCCUCCACUGCCACCACUCAUUUCUCUCGCACCAUCCUUUGUAUUAUAUACACUAAUCAUACAUUUUUAAUCAUAUCAUUAUAUUUUAUAUAAACUAAUUACUGAGCAUGUUUUAGUCUUCAUGCGGAUGGGGUUCAUCCAGUGAAGCUCCUCUCGAUGAGGUUUUUUCUCUUGGAAAUUUGUCACACUGGUUUGUAAAGCGCCAUCUUUAAGACUUGAUCAUUGGUUCUCUAGCAACAACUGUUAUUAGGCUACUACUUAGGUAAAGAGCCAAUUUUUAAGCCAUAUUUCCUGAAAGUUAGAUUUUAAACAGUUCGUAAGUAAAAUAAAUAAAGAAAUACAUAAUCUUAGUUUACUUUUUCACAUUUAAAAAUGUGCUGAUUGAGUCGUAGAAACUGACUUUAACUUUAAUACUAAUUUACAACAUUUAAAUCACCAAUAAUGAUUUAUUUUGUUUUUUAAAGUUACAGUAAAAAAUAAAAAAAAUGACUGUAAAAACUUUAUUUUUUAAAGUUUCAUCUUUUUGCUGUAGAAAAUAUAUUGAUGUAUCAAUCAAUUUUAAAGCUACAUCAUUUACAGCUAAAUCAAAAAGUCCUACGUUCUAAAAUCUACAGUGAAGUUUCUAAGUUAUAGUUCAAUCCCCGUAUACUCUUAGCUUACAAGAUGUAUUAAAUUUAUGUAUUCUCCCUUUUGCAUUUAUUAUAUAUACAAUUUGCACACCAACUAAUUUAUUAGAUAAACAUUCCUUUUGAUAUAUCCGCCGUUAAAUGGGUCCGAAAUGCCACUUUCAAAAUUUAUGAUUUAUUCUAUAAAUCAAUUACGAUUUCAUUAAAAUAGUUCCCAACGAAUCUAUCGUCGUACUACUACAUAAUCAAUCUCGAUCAACUAAGUCACUAGUGCGGCAUCUCUUUUUAUUAAUUUUUACAAUACAAUCUAAGGUAUUGACUAUUUUAAUAUACCAAGCAAGGUUUACUCGGUUAAUAUAUCUAAUUGUUGUGCUAGAACAUAGUCUUAUGCCGAAGAAGCUAUUUGUUAAGGGAAAAAAAUAAAUGGUUGAGAUAAGUUUUUCUAGACUGAUGAUGGCUUGCAAACAUCACAGAGACCUAUGUCCUAAAAAGAAUUUUGAGUAUGUGCAUGAAACUAAAAGGAUACAUACAAAGAAUCUCAUCAUUCCUAUUUAUUCUUUUUUGGCAAAUGUUGCAAACUGUAUAAAAAGGAGUUAUCAACGAAAAAUAAAAUGAAUUGGGUGAAUAAAAAAUAUAAUAUUAAGUAUAAAUCGUUUUCCUUAUUUCUAUAUUCUUGGAGAAAAACCCACAAAAUCAGUAGCUCGAGGGAGGAAAAGAGGGAAGAAGCACCAUCAAAGGUGAACACCAAACCCAUUGUAAAAUAUAUAAAAUUAUUGAAACCCCACUCAGACCCCUAAACAUUCAAUGGCUCCUUCCUUUUAUUAAUCUUUAGCAAAGAAAGGGACCAAAUAUACGUUAGUGAUUAGUAUGUUUUAAUGUUCAUAUCUUAACAUUUAGACCAAAAAUGUUUGAAUGUUCAUCGUUGGAAUCUCAGUAUAGAGACUUCACCAUGAAAUUUCAAUGUCAAAUGUAAAAUACCUUUUGAAAAGACCUCAAGAAUUUUACCACCAAAAUAGACAGAAAGAAUCUUCUUAUGGCUCCCUUAUCCUUUUUUUUUUUUGAGUCAGUUAGUUUAAUAUAUAAGUACUUCCAGUGCAUAAACUCGACAGAUGCCAAACAAGCAGCCUUGUAGUCGAUAUAAUUUGUAAUAUAGUAUGCCAUAAUAUUACUUAAAAUCAUCCAAGAAUUGGUUAAAUAUCACAACCCGAUAUAUAAAUCAAAAACGUUAGAUACAAAAAUGCCACACUUUUAAAGUUGCCUGACAUCAAGAGUUUUGUAACUAAACCUAAAUACUAAAUGUUGAAGAUGGAAACUAAAAAUGAAAACUCUGAAGUCCUAUAAUCAUAUAUACAUCCAAAUACUAGGUAUUUGGGCUCAAGAUUUUUUUUGUUUCUAAUCUUUCUCCAUUAUUUUCUUGUAUGUUUAUAUCCAACCAUUAUAAAUUUUAUUCAGAGAAAGAAUCAAUUUCUCCAAAGACCAGAGAAAAGAGAACUGAUGGAGCAGCUUCUACGCAGAGGAACAAACAUAUUACAAUUUUCAAUAUAUUUCUCAAGUGUAGGAAACAAUAGACCCACAAAAUUAGAUAGAUCUCAUGAAAACAAAUGUUGUCCAGUAUGUCUUACUUUCUUGUUUUCUUCAAAAACAUUUCUUCUCCAUACCCUUUUUCCUUUCAUUUUCAAUUUUUCUUCUUCAUGUAUAUUCCCCAUUUUUUAAGAGAAAAAAAAAUCAGACAAAAUUACCAAUCAUCUUUCCUCCUCAGUAGGAAACAUUCAUCAUUGUACCCAACAAUCACUUUCAUCCUUUAGAAUCAAAAACUUCAGCUUCCUUCUUUCUUCUACCUUUCACUCUUCUUCCAUCUACACAUUUACAUUUACACUCAUACAUAUAUAUAUAUAUAUACAUACGACACGUAUACAUACAUACAUACAUACAUACAUUCACCUUCCACUCUAUAUAACCUUUUGAUUCUCCCCUUUCCCUUUUCCCUCUCCUCCAAUUUCCUCACCUCUCUCUCUCUUAAGUCUUAUAACAUCUUUUCAAUUAGAUCAUCGACCGACCAAAGAAGAAACAACUUAAAAAAAAUCAGAUCUUUUUAACAUGGAUCCGUCCUCUGCAAGCUCAGUGAACGGAUACUACUCGUUUCUAAACAGAUCAAUGGAUGAUCUCGAGAGGGUUUACCUCUCAAACAACUUCAUGUCCGUACACUUUUUACAGAGAGCUCUCUGUCUCCUCCGCACCUCCCACUCGCAUCUCACUCUCCUCGUUCAGAAACUUAACCUCCCUGUCGGCGACAAAUGGCUCGAUGAGUAUAUGGACGAAAGCUCCAAGCUUUGGGAAGCUUGCCUCGUCAUCAAGUCCGCCGUUUCCUCCAUCGAAAACUUCUCCUCCGCCGGUAUUUCAAUCGCCUCCACCCUCGACGGCCACUAUCACCACCGUCGUCUCUCCCCUCAGCUUUCUCGUCAGGUGAUAAGAGCGAUCACAGGGUGUAGGAGAGAGGCGAUUGGGAUAGAGGCAGAGAACAGAGCGUUGAUGGAGAAUCGUGUUCAAAGGUUUCCGUUUUGGUCGGAGCAGGCGGCGGCGACGGUGAUGGAGUCGUCGACGAAGUUACAGAACGGGUUCAGUGGUUUCCGCGGCGUACUGUACGCGACGAGGAACAUGAGCUCGCUUCUACUCAUGGUGUUGAUGAACGGUCUCGUCUACUGUGUUCCCAGCGACGCAACGUUGUCGCAAACGCAAACGCAGACGCAGAAUCAGGUCAGCGGCUUCGCUGGAGCGAUGGGGAGGUUGCAGCAGAGGGUUGCGGCUGAGGUGGGGAGAACGGGGAUGAGGAAGGGGAUACUGAUGCAUGAGUAUAGGAGGAGCAAGGCGGCGUUGGAAGAGCUUAAGGCGGAGCUUGAGCGGAGAGGAGGAGGAGGAGGAGGAGGGGGAAGCGAGGAGGAGGAGGAGGGAGAGAGGGAGUUGAGAGAGAGAGUGGAGAAUCUGAAAGGGUAUUUUGGUAAUUUGAGGAAUGGGACAGAGAGUAUAGUGUCGCAAAUCGAUGAUUUCUUUGAUGAAAUUGUUGAAGGAAGAAAAAAGCUUUUGGAUUUCUGCAGCCAUAGAUGAGAAUAUCAAAAGCUGACAAUUUUUUCAGUUUCAUAAAGAUGAAAGAAAAAAUGAAAAAAUUUGGGUAGACUCUAGGCUUAGACGAAUCAUUCGGUAGGAGUUGUUGUAAGUUGUAACUUCUUUUUUUUUGUUAUGAAAAGAAAAUGUUAAUUCGUCAAUCUGCUCUACUUUAGUAUUUUGAUGUUUAUUUCUAUAAUUCUAGAAAUGGAGUUUAUUCUCUGAAUCAUAUCUAAAGUAAAUGUCUCCUUUUCA